CGUCUCUUUUUGGCUUUGCUGCGUCUGGCGCCGCGCAGAUCACCGGUGCCUGGCUGACUGACUGUCUGACUGACUGCUGCGUCUGGCGUCGUGCGGUUCACCGGUGCGGGCGCUGCCGGGGGCUAAACACAGUUUCGGCCUCGGAGAGGACUGCGGUGUCGGUGCGAGCGCUGCUCGGAGCCGCGAAUCGAUGGGCAACGUGGGAGUGCGAGCGCGAGGUCACUACGUGUGAUUAGUGUCAGCUCGGCUCGGUGCGCUUUGCCAGCCGAGACACAGCUGAAAUUAUUUGCUUUUUUGGCUGGGCUUUUUGCUCAAAAAGCCGACGCGCAAAACGACCUCCCAGGGAGCGACGCCUGCGCUGCAAAGGUACUGGCUCGGAGGAUUUGCUGGUUGCAAGCGAUCCCACACGUCAGCAGCGACCAAAACACUGCCAUAAAAAGCCACAAACAAAUCCCUGCCGGCGCGCGACCGCAGCGAGAUGCGAGCCCUCCUCGCCAUCAGCGCACUGGCACUCGCAGCGGCAAGCAAGAAAGAAAAGAAACCGAGCGGCCACGGCGCCGACGUCGCGGCGUUCGUGCGAGGCGCGCACAAGGCCGACGACGCGAACGUCGCCAAGGCGAAGCGCGCGGUCCACGACGGCCUCGCCGAGUUACUAGCGUACUAUAAUGGCGACGAGCAGGUCCUGGACGCUUUAGUCUUCGCCACGUCGGGUCUGGCGCCGACGCUCGAGGCGAAGCUCGCGAGGCUCGCAACCUCGGGAGGAGGCAAAUUCGUGGUGGCGGCGUUCGGCUCGUCGGUGACGGCGGGCCACGACGGCUUCGGGCACACGGCCUGGCCCGCCGUGUUAGGUAGGAGGUUGGCCAAAGAAUUAGCCCCAUUGGGGAUAGAAGUAGAAGUGCGGAACCAGGCUGUUGGGGGUGCCGAGCCCUUUCCCCGGUCGUUGUGUGUCGGACCCAUUGCUGGGAGUGAUGUGGACCUCGUCAUCAGGGAGUGGGAGUACUGGGGCUUUUCGGAUGGGCUAGAAGCCCCAGGAGCACAUGGUGGCGAGGACGGGGCCAUAGAAAUCUUUCUGCGGACGGCCUUUCUGCUACCGAACAAACCAGCGGUCUUAUUCCUAAACAUGGAGCCGAACGGCGAAGGGCGGAAGACGCAGCAAGUCAGGGCAGCGAUGAAGGGCAAACUCAAGAUAUAUGGAGAGCGUUUUGGGGUCGGCGUCCUCAGCGCCUUCGGCAAGCCUUUUGAUCACUUGAGAGCAGCUGCUCCCAAGAGUAGGAGGCACCGGAGCGGUUCCAAGAGCUGCCACGGCAAUGGCGUGGGCGACUGCCCCGUCGGAGAAAAGCCGGACGGGCACCAUACAAGACCGCUCGAGCUAGGUGUGCCCGAGGACUCGCCGUUGAAACCGUUGGCCGAUCCCGCGAAGUUAUUCAUCAACUGGCACCCAGGAACAUUAGGGCACGAGAUGAUGGGCCAUCAAGCAGCUUUUGCUGUGCUGCGAGCGGCCCAGUCUGGAUUGGCAGCUUUAGGUCUGGGGAGCGUGCCGUCGUCUGCUGGCUCGUUGCCGGAACCUAUUGCUUGUGACAAGUCGCCCUUCUGUAAGUCUUCUCAGAGGACGGCGUUCUGCGCUCAAAGUACCUUACCGAAGCACGAGUCGCCAGACAUCGGGGAUUGGUUGGAUAAUAGUACUCAGACGCAGUGGCGCAACAGCGCCACGGAGUCCGGGAAGAACCGGGAAAGGUUCUGCGCCGCACCGUCCAAGGAAUGCGCGAAGCACCCAGCUGGCCAGGGCUGCUGGCACUACACGCGGUCAUGCUCCUACUACGACCAGAAACGGGCCUUUACCGGAACUUCUGGAGAUGGGCCUCUUUCUUUUAAGAUGCCGCGCGGCGCGUGCAACCUGUUCCUCUCGGAGCCGGGCUACGAGUGGUCCAAGCCGAUUGGCGUCGCGAACUGGCACGCCGAACUUAGUAUAAAGAUUGACGGUGAACAAUGCAGGGCGUGUUCUAUUGUUCAAGGCGGCGGCGCGUACAUCCAGAGCGUGCACGUGGACCUAGCGAGACAUUACGGUUCGACGGAGCGGUGCGCUUCGGCGCGCGUGUCACUGUCAGUACAACCGGUGGAGUCGUUGGCUGCCUGGGAGGCGUCGUCCGGUAAAAAAGUCUGCCAGGUCGCGCGCAACGGCAAGUGCGAGCCCAAGGGCGACUGGCGGCGCUACGCGAUCGGCUGCGCCGAGGACGGCAUGGCGGACGGCAAGAAGGCCUGCAAGUUUAAAGCUGGGAAACCGCGCGACGCAUCAAGUGUGCGCGCCUACGUGACGAGCGCGCUGGCGUGGUAGAUGUGUGUAACAAGUUAUUAUUAGA